AUUGUCUAGGCUGCUGCAACUAUCAACUAGCGAGGAAAGGGGACUUAUUCCCCUUCUUUAUGCCAUUAAUAAGAAAAUACUAUAAAUAUUUAUAGGUGAGCCAGAUAAAUAUUUGGAUUUGCCCUUAAACAACCCUCUUACAUGCAUUUAUCAUACACUUUCUUCCUUCAAUUAUCAGUGAAAGGUAUUAGAAAAUUCGAUGAAAAGAUCAUGUCCAAGUGAAGAGAAAUAGCCUCAACUGCUCAACACCAGAAAGCCUUGUGGAAUACCCCCUUUGUCUGGCCCAUUGUCUUUGCAUGCCAACUGUUUGAGAACAUUUCUCUUGAAUGUUCUACAAAUUCCACCGCUUGACAUAGACUUCCUCUCAUCAUACACCAUGGCUCCAUGGGUUCAAGAGCUUCAUUUCCCUCACCUCGAUACCAUCCCCAUAACUAUAGAUCGUACCUUUCCUGUCAUGCCGGCCGGUCCAAUUCCGGUCUCCCCCGGCGAAACCCUCUACCUCUCAAACCUAGACGACAUGAUCGGAUCACGUGUUUUAACCCCAACAGUAUAUUUCUACAAGUCGAAUGAACAUAAUUCCCACCCACCUGUUAUGAAAACGUUACUUGACGCUCUUGCUAGAGUUUUAGUCCCAUACUACCCUUUCUCAGGCAGGCUCAGAGAGGUGGAAAAUGGGAAACUGGAGGUGUUUUUUGGACCAGACCAGGGGGUACUAAUGAUAGAAGCCCACUCAGAUAUUGCCUUAGCUAAUCUAGGUGACCUUACAGUCCCAAACCCUUCAUGGGCACCAUUAGUGUACAAGUUUCCCAAUGAAGGACCAUUCAAUGUUAUUGACACUCCAUUACUAAUAGCACAAGUGACUUUUUUUAGCUGUGGUGGCUUUAGCCUUGGCUUGAGAACUUGUCAUUGCCUUUCUGAUGGGCUUGGUGCGAUGCAAUUCCUUGCUGCUUGGUCUUCAACUGCGAAAGCUGGGGUUUCUGUAACAAACCCUAAUCCAUGCUGGGAGAGAGAAAUUUUUCGGCCGCGUGAACCCCCUCUUGUUGAAUACCCACAUUUUGAGUUUAUGAGAAUUGAAGAUAUGUCUAGCCUAUCAACGACUCUUUGGAAUAACAAGAUGGUUCAAAAGUGUUACCGGAUUAGCAGGGAAUGCCAAACCCAUCUAAAGAACCUUACCAGAUCAGCCAAGGGUUCUGCAUUCACCACCUUUGAUGCCAUGGCUGCUCAUGUCUGGAGAUCUUGGGUUAAAUCACUUGAUGUAAAGCCUCUAGAUUCGAAUCUACGUCUAACAUUUUCAGUUAAUGCUAGGCAAAAGGUCAAAAACCCAAAUUUGAUUGACGGGUUUUAUGGUAAUGUCGUGUGCUUGGCAUGUGCCAUGAGCACGGCUAAGCUUGUCAAGGGUUGUCUCUCAGAGGUGACCAAGUUGGUUCAUGGGGCUCGGAUAGGCAUUUCGGAAGAGUAUUUAAGGUCAACAAUAGAUUAUCUUGAGGUGGAGAGGCCAAGGAGGAUGGAAUUUGAUGGGAAAUUGUCAAUAACCCAAUGGACUAGGUUUUCAAUCUACGAAUCAGCGGAUUUUGGAUGGGGAAAGCCUGUAUAUGCCGGUCCAAUUGACCUGACUCCAACACCACAAGUUUGUGUCUUUCUCCCCGAGGGGGAGGCUGAUUCCAGCGGGGCAAUGUUGGUUUGCAUUUGCUUGCCGGAGCCGGUUACCGAUAAAUUCCAAGAGUUUUUGAGUCUUAUGGAUUGA